GACAAAAGACGAUUCUACGACAAUCUAGCUACUGAAGCUGAAAAGGCAGCAGGCAAAAGGGACCUGAGGACACUAUAUCAGAUAACCAAAUCUCUAUCCGGGAAGAGACCAACACAAGCGAAACCUAUAAAAGACAGCCAAGGGAAGCCCAUUACCAAGGAAGAGAAACAGAUUAAACAAUGGGCGGAUCACUUCAAAGGACUCUUAAACAGACCACCACCUGCAACCCGUCCAGAAAUACCAACAACAGCGCACACACAACUGCAAGUUGACACCAAUCCUCCAACGAGAGCUGAAGUCUUGAAUGCAAUCAAACUUCUGAAAGCUGGAAAAACAGCCGGACCAGAUGGAAUACCCCCUGAAGCACUGAAAGCAGACCCAGAGACGACAGCAGACAUGCUGACUCCAUUAUUGCAAAAGGU